AUGCUGAGUUACAAUUUUGCUUUACUUCAUCACCCAAUAAGGCCGCCGUUUCUUCGCUUGCAGUCCAACGGAGGCGAGCACCUUAUCCGGAGUAUGCGUUUCGCGAAGUUUGCCGUUAUCACCGCGCUGCCGAUUAGCCAUUCGCGGCUCUACACGCAGUACGGCAAGACCUCUUCAACCGCCUUAUCCAUGGAUGGGUUUCGGGACCUCCUUCAAAGGCCAACCCGGCGCACCGCGGAGGCCUACGCACCCAUGAGGGUUCUCUCACGUGAGGUGGGGAAGGCGGGGGUUUCAAUUGGUGCGGAUUGGCCUUACGGACGGCUGUCGCGGUACUUGGAGUUUCCCUCUCACAUGAAAAGGGGAGGGGGGUCCCUUUGGUGGCCGCCAAACGUCUUUUUGAGGAGUGGCGGCGUGAGCCCAGGCGGUGGGGGCGGCGAUGGCGGGCCCUCCGACCCCGACGUCUCGUCCCCCCACCCUCCAAAGGACGUGGAGACGCUCGAGGAGCGUCUUAUCCCGCGCACCUGCCUCUUUGUGUUGGGGAUGUUCGUUCUGGCAGGGGUCCUUUGGUGGCUCGCGCAGCCGGGCGGGCGUCACGUCGGGUGGAAUUACCUCCACGAGCACGCCGGUGAGAUCCGUAGCGUGGAUUUUUAUCGCUGCUACACACAGGUCCGGAUGACGGAUGGGAGGAGGGUCUACGUAGGGCUGCUGAAUGAAGCCGAUACGCAGCGCCACGUGGAUGAGCUCCGUGUGAGCUACGCCAAGGCCAAGGCCAAAGAAAGAGCGAGCGCGGAGGAGGCGGGUAAGAAUAAGGUCGCAACCACAAAGGGGAAAGACCGGGAGAAAGCCAAAGGGGCGGCGUCGGAGGCCGGCGAGGCGCCGUUUGAGGGAUUCCCCUGCGUGAUGCGUGACGCGCCGCUGGCGGAGCGGGCCCUGUCGGUGGUAGGGGUCGUCGCCUGGGUGGUCCCUUAUGUGUUCUUCCCGAUCUUCGUCAUCAUCCUGUCGCGGCACAUCGGAAAGUCCAUCUCGUACGCCGUGGAGGUGGGCAAAGGGAAGACCAAGCCAAAGGAUAUGACAUUCAAGGUCGAGACCACUUCGAGCACGCGCUUUCGGGAUAUCGCCGGGAUGAAGGAGGCGAAGAAGGAGAUCACCGAAAUCGUGGAUUUCCUCCGAAACCCGCAGCGCUACACGAAGCUAGGGGCAAAGAUUCCGACAGGGGCGCUUCUGUUGGGCCCGCCCGGUACCGGUAAGACCCUGCUCGCGAAGGCUGUUGCAGGGGAAAGUGGUGUUGCCUUUAUCCCUGUCUGUGGCUCAGAUUUUGUUGAGCUUUACGUCGGCAUGGGCGCCCUACGCGUGCGACAGCUCUUCAAAGAAGCCAAAAAACAGCGCUGCAUCGUCUAUAUUGACGAGAUCGACGCUGUGGGUCUAAAACGACGCGGUGCGGGGAAUGGUGAGAAGCAGGAGCAGGAGCAGACUCUCAACGAGCUGCUCACACAGCUGGAUGGAUUCAACACUGGCAGCCGCGGCGAUGUGAUGGUUCUCGCCUCUAGUAAUGUCGCCCAGGAGGCUCUCGAUCCCGCGCUCAUCCGACCGGGUCGUUUUGAUCGAAUUAUUCACGUGGACUCGCCGGUUAUAUCCGAGAGGAUCGAUAUCUUCAAGGUCCAUCUGAGCAAGCUGAAGCUAGUGCCAGACGAUGGGGCCAAGACGGCAACAGGAGUAGGUGAAAACCCAACUACCACCUCCGAGGCCCUGAACCAAGAGGAUCGCGGCAAUUCAGAUCCGAAUGCGGUCGAAUCCUCGCAGGAGUGCCAGAAAGCGGCAAUGCCAUCCGUGCGGGGUGAUGAGGUAGAUACAAAUUCGAAGGAAACCCAGCUUGUUAUCUCCACCGCGGGGAAUGAAAAGGUCGGGGAAGGUGAGUCGAUUAGCGAUGAAUACGCUUCUGAAUUCUCCUUUGAUUUUCACUCAAUUCUUCGAGAUAAGUCUGAAAAGGAGCGUGCCUUGAUUGACACUUAUGCCCAUCGCAUGAGCAACCUCUGCCCUGGAUUCGUAGGUUCGGAUAUAGCCAACGUGUGCAAUGAGGCCGCUAUCCUGGCCUCCCGUGAAGGUUCCACCCACGUGGAGCUUUCCUACCUCGAGCGAUCCAUAGACCGCGUUCUCGCCGGCAUCGAGCAUCGAAGUCGGGUGCUUUCUCCUUUCGAAAAGAAGGUCGUCGCGCACCACGAGGCCGGGCAUGCCGUGGCGGGUUGGUUUCUCAACCGUGCGGACCCCCUCAUGAAGGUUUCCAUCGUACCGCGUGGCGGCUCCGCGCUCGGUUAUGCGCAGUACCUGCCGAAUGAAAAUAGCAUCCGAACCGCAAAGGAGAUCCGCGAUUCGUUGUGUGUGACGCUUGGGGGACGCGUUGCGGAGGAGAUAUUCUUCAACCACCUCUCCACCGGUGCCUCCGAUGAUCUACGCAAGGUGGCUAGGCUUGCCUACAUGUACGUGGCAGCGUUUUCACCAGGACCAGUGUAUCCCUCGCCAGGCACUGAGAGCACCCGAAUCACGAAGCCAUUUGGAAGUAAGAAGUCGGAUGAGUACGAUAGGCAGGCCAAACAGCUGGUGGCCGAGGUCUACCAGGAGACUUACAAUCUGCUCUCAAAGCACAAGGCCGAUAUGGAGAAGCUUGCACAACAUUUGCUAACCAAGGAGUUAUUAACCCACCAAGAUGUGCUAAACUACCUGGGCGAGCGUCCAGCGCGCUCGAGCGAUAAGAUAAAGGGGGUUUAA